GAGAGCGCACUCUGGCGCGCGCGGCGCCGUCUUCGUCGACGGCCCAACAGUCGUCGACGCACAGCCAGUCGCGGAGAGACGCACGGAUCGAGAGAGCGAAACGCAGAGAGAGAGAGAGAGAGAGAGAGAGAGAGAGAGAGAGAGAGAGAGAGAGAGAGCUGGGGUGGCCGAUGCGACAACCGCUGACAGCGCUCUGUCCCGCAGCCGUCGUCGGAGCUUGCGAGGACGCAACAGUGCUUCGCGCGCAGAGCCACUGCCAUCACUGAGGGAGCAGCAGCAGGAGGAGGAGGUGGAGGGAACGCACGCGCCCGUUAUCUCGUCCGCGGCGCGGUGCGAUACACGCGCAAAGCUCGAUUGAUUUCUACUGCAACGCUGCCGCUCUCUCGAGCGCUGCAGCGCACACGGCUCUCCGGGAUGAACCGCGGCGCGUGACGUUCGCGAGUGCGGCACCAGCAGCACCGGAGCAGCAGAGCCGAGCGGGAUGAUCGCCACGGCGACGAGGAGGAGGAGGCAGCAGUCCGCGUGUGUUUUUAUUCAGUGAGAGCACGGGAGAUCUCCGCCUGCAGAGAGAGAGAGAGAGAGAGAGAGAGAGAGAGAGAGAGAGAGAGAGCCCGAUCGAUUGCGCGCGCGCGCGCUCGCGCCCGGCCGACGAGUGCGCGACAGAGAGAGCGAGGGAGUCGCGAAGUUCAAGGAUGUCGAGGCGAGCUUCGCCCGCAGAGGAUGACGAGUUCGAGCUCUGGCAGCAGUGCUAUUCCGCUGGACCGUCAGCAUCAGCAGCCUCGCCGUUGUUGUUGUCGUUGUCGUCGUCGUCGAGCAGCUGCUCCGCCGCCGUGUCGUCUCGCACGAGCAGCAGCUGCGUCAGCAGCAGCAACAGUAGCACGCGGCCCGCAGCAGCAGCUACUCCGGCGCACGCACGGGCUAACUGACUUCUCCGGGGGCAGGGAGAGGGACAAAGACACGAGGACGAUCAUGCAGAUCCACUGCAGCAGCGCCAAAAGCAGCAGCGGACGAGCAAAGGGCCGCUCAUCGCAGCAGCCCAGGGCCCAAGCCCACCCCCCGAGGCACUGAGACAGAGAGACUUUACUGCUCGACGAGCUACUGAGUCGCGCGCGACAGUAACCUGUUCUACGUAGGCUGACAGAGAGAAGAGAGCUGAGAGCGAGGAGCCUCAGCCGCACAUAGACUCACCGAGAGCUCGCGCGGCCGAGCUGCCCGAGCCGGCACGAGGAGUCCUGCAGAAGGCCUGCAGUAGCAGCAGCAGCAGCAGCGGUUCAGCUCUCGUUCGAGCCAGACGACGGGAACAUGAGAGGAGGCUGGACUCUCAUGGCGGCGAUCGCCCUGGCUGCGUCGGGGCUGGUAAGUGGCGGCUUUCACGAGAAGAAGCUGCUAAACGACCUGCUGGAUUCGUACAACGUGCUGGAGCGCCCGGUCCAAAAUGAGUCCGAUCCCCUACAGCUGAGCUUCGGCCUUACGCUUAUGCAAAUUAUUGACGUUGACGAGAAAAAUCAGCUACUCAUCACGAAUCUUUGGCUGAAGUUGGAAUGGAACGACGUUAACAUGAUGUGGGAUCCUUCCAAGUACGGCAACGUUCGGGACUUGAGGAUACCACCGCACCGGCUCUGGAAGCCCGACGUCCUCAUGUACAAUAGCGCGGACGAGGGCUUCGACGGCACAUACCCGACGAACGUCGUGGUCAAAGAGAACGGCACGUGUCUGUACGUGCCGCCGGGUAUUUUCAAGAGCACCUGCAAGAUCGACAUCACCUGGUUUCCGUUCGACGACCAGCGCUGCGAGAUGAAGUUCGGCUCUUGGACCUACGACGGCUUUCAGUUGGAUCUCCAGCUGCAGGACGAGUCCGGUGGCGAUAUUAGCAGCUUUAUUACGAACGGCGAGUGGGAUCUUUUAGGUGUGCCGGGGAAGAGGAAUGAAAUUUAUUACAAUUGUUGCCCGGAGCCGUAUAUUGAUAUUACGUUCGUCGUUAUAAUAAGAAGGCGAACGCUUUAUUAUUUCUUUAAUCUCAUCGUGCCGUGCGUUUUGAUCGCCAGUAUGGCCGUUUUGGGCUUCACAUUGCCACCGGAUUCCGGCGAAAAACUCUCUCUUGGAGUAACAAUCCUUUUGUCUCUCACGGUGUUCCUUAAUAUGGUGGCGGAAACGAUGCCUGCGACCUCCGAUGCCGUACCGCUUUUAGGGACGUACUUCAAUUGUAUAAUGUUCAUGGUGGCCAGCAGUGUGGUCAGUACAAUUCUUAUAUUGAAUUAUCACCAUCGGAACUCUGACACCCACGAGAUGUCCGACUGGGUGAGAGUCGUCUUCCUAGAUUGGCUGCCUUGCAUACUGCGAAUGUCAAGGCCGGUUCAAGAUGAUGAUGAGGCUACGCAAAAGUCUCAGAAGCCUUCUCCAGUGACUGGCACGAGCAAGGCGUACGGCGACCUGGAGCUGCACCAGCGCUCGAGCAAGUCGUUGCUGGCUAACGUGCUGGACCUCGAGGACAACGCGCUUGCGUCGCACAACAAUCUGCUGAACAACGUGUACAGCACGCCCGGGCCGCAUCACCACGGCCACGUGCACGUGACGCCCCACCACCAUCAUCAUCCGCACACGGCCACGACGACGCCCCAUCAUCAGCACCAGACGCCGCUGGCACACUCGUCCUACCCGCCGCCGCCGCACACGCCGGGACACCAGCUCGGCCACACGCCCCACCAUCAUCCGCAUCCCCAGGAUGGCACGGCCGGUCCGCAGGUCGAGACCAUCCUGCAGAGCGCCUGCUUCUGCGCGCGCUACGAGCUCAUUCUUAUCCUCAAAGAAAUAAAGAUAAUCACGGAUCAACUGAAGGACAACGAGGUUCAGACGAAGAUUACCAACGACUGGAAAUUCGCUGCGAUGGUGAUUGACAGAUUGUGCCUAAUCGUUUUUACUCUGUUCACGAUAAUCGCCACCAUCACCGUCCUCUUCUCGGCGCCACACAUCAUUGUCACGUGAUUUUCGAGCCCCUCACGAGGAAGAAGACGAAGACGCAAGCGCAGAAAGUGCACCACAGCUAUCUGCCAUGAUGACGAGCGCCGUUGUCGCUGCCACCACCACCGCCGCCGCCGCUGUUGUUGCCGCUGCUGCUGCUGUUGCUGCUGCUGCCGCCGCCGCCGCUGUUGUUCAAUUAGGAAAGGCAAACUAAUGUCGCUUUUUGUUAUACCUCGAUCGAUUGCUUUGGGUUUUUUAAGGAUGACGCUUGCGCAGCCGCGGGUCGCGUUUUAAAGCUACACACAUUCACACAUACACAUGAUUAACGACGCAGAAAAACGGAGAAGAAGAAAAAAACAUGAAAAUUGAUCGUUGAGCGAUGAUGAACAAAAAAAUCAAAGAAUCACAGCACACACGUAUGUAUGUAGUCGCACGCGGGACAAGCGAGCGAACCGCGACGUCGAAGACGAAGAGGCAAGAUCCAUCGAUUCUUCGCGGACGACAUCCCAGUGCGGAGCCACAGAGAAAACUAAGCAAUACGAGAGAGAGAGAGAGAGAGAGAGAGAGAGAGAGAGAGAGAGAGAGAGAGAGAGAGAGAGAGAGAGGAGAGAAGACGGAAGGACUUGACAAUUGCGUUUCACCGUUUCCUCGUUGUGCGACGGAGAUUAUGUAACGACGAGCCGCGCGACUUUCAUCUCGCAUCAGAAACGGAGAAAAACACAAAAACAGACGACAACGCCUUAGCGACUUGUGCGAGAGAGAAAAAUACGUACGUUUCAUUCGACGACAGUUCAAGUUUCAAGAGUCUGUACACGAACGUUUAUCGAAUCAUCACGACGAUCCGACGCGACUGGAAACCGUGUCGACAAUCUCAAUAUUUGGUUCGAUGCAAUCGGACACACAAAAUUCCACUCGGCGUUGAUCGCGUGAUUCGAAAGAAGGAGCCAAAAUUCGGACCAUACACGCUCACACAGAUUUCGGUUCUUCCGUUAGUAUACUACUGGCGUGUAAUUUGCUGAAACAGAAAAAUUUGAAAACUCGCAAAAAAAAGAAGUUGAAACAAUACGGGAAAAAAAUGCGCGCAGCACAUUGACACAAACUGACACAGGUUGAAACGAAAUAGACGAAAAAAAAGAUAAAAGCCACAAAAAAAUGGAGAAAAGAACGACACGCAAACUGGAAGGAGCAUCAAAGCGCACACAUGAAAUAUGUAAACUUUCUCGAUUAACACAAAAUAUGAACUGCCAAGGUGAUUCAAAUAUGCCAGUGAAUUUUAUUAAUCCGUACAUAUUACAAUAUCAUUAGUAUAUCCAUAUAUACAUUAUAAAGUAUAGAGGGAAGAUCGAGUUGAGAAAAAAAAAUAACGAGAAUCUCAAAGAUAACAAUCGGGACGAAUCGGAGGAUUAUUUGAGCUAUACUUAAUGCGAGAGAGGAAAAACGAGAGAGGAUAACCGGAGAGACGAAGAGAGGGAGAGAGAGGAAAUCACCACAGCGAGCGAAAAAGAGAAUCAGAUUUAUACUACGAUUAUAUAAACGUGGUGCGUUGUCAAAGUGCAGCUACAAUGAUAAUGUUGGUGAUGAUAAUGAUGACGAUGAUGAUGAUGAUGAAGAUGGUGUUGACGAUGGUGAUGAUGAUAACGAUAUACAUAAUAUACAUAUAAAUAAUAUAAAUAAUUAAUAUAAACAGAAAAAAACUAUACAUAUUAUACAUACACAGGUACAUAACAUAGCGCGUAUUAUGAAUCACGAUUCUCUCUUUAAAUAGGCUAAGCGAACAAUCGUCCCUUAGAGGCGGAGUUUUUAUGAUCAUACGUAAUUAUCGAGUAUAAAGCAAAGAAAAACUUCCGAGAGAGUAUUGAGGAGGUCGUCGAUAAUGAAUUAAUCAGUAUUAUCCCCGAUCGAAAAUACACUGCAAUUCGCAAUAAUUAUUCUCGACCUCACAUUUUAUGUAUUGUUAUAUAGUAUAUCAAUGCUUUUUGCGUUGUUACAUAUAUUGUUCAUUGUUAUACGCAUAAACGUAGAAUUGCCCCUAUGAUAAGCCGACUCAUAUGUAAUCGUGUUGAUUUUCCACAUGUCUAUAAAACUAUUUGUUAAUCGCUACAUACAAGGGUAACCAUUGUUAAUACCUCUUUACGAGAAUUUCAUCAUCCCCACACGCGCACACAUACACUGCACACAUUAUACACACGUUUGUUUCUCAGCCGAGUCGAAACAUAUAUAUUAUAUAUAAAUACAUUUGUACUGUGUAUAAAUUAACAUCGCGCGCGCGAAAAUUCAGAGUUUCUUCCUCCUCUUCCUCUUCACAAGUAAAGUCCAUUUGUAAGAAGGAAGAAUGGCAAAUUUCAUAACACUCGUGUAGGGAGUGAUUCGAGGGAGAGAGAAAGAGCGACGGAAGAUUAUGUGCGGAGCUGAUGCUGUAGAAAAUUAAAAAAAAAACAGGGAAAUCGUGAGUUUCGAGUAUAAAUUUUAAAUACAUUUUUGCGACUCGCGCUAUUGACUUUCUUAUUACGGAAGUAUAGAAGCGACGAAGAUUAUUGAGUAAAAAAACGUCAGAUUUAAGUGACGAGGCGCGCGUGUAGCUCUCGUCGUGAUCGUUUAGGCCGAACAAAAUAAGUAUGAAUAACGUUGAGGAUCUGCGUCAAGUACGCGCGCAUGUAUCUGAAGACGAUAAUUUCUCGUUUAUGAAAGAAACAGUCCUUUUUUCGGAGAAACUAUUGGAAUUAACUAUCGGUUAUAAGUGAGUUAUAAAAAAGGUUAUGUUACCUAUUCGAAUCUUCUAUAAUUGUACUCGUUGAAUUGUCUAAGUGUAUUUUAAAGUAAGGACAAUUUUAUAACCGUAAAAGAAUCAAAAUCUACGUUAUAAGAGGCUUUUUUCUAAAUUUUAAUGUAAUAAUUGCUGAGACGUGGAGAGAAAAUAAUAACCAGCAAGGCUCGAAGAUCUGUCGGACGAGGCUCGCCGGAGCGCGCGCUGCGCGUUACUUAUAAAAAAAAGACGAAGUUCAAACACGAGAGCCUCGCGCGGCAAACAACGCGUGUACCUACCUGGGUAUCUUCGAGUCGCCUCGUCGAUUUCGCAGAUGAGACAUAUUUAACGAGAGAAAAAGAGAUCGCGGAGAAAAUUUUUAACUUAUUUAUCGAUAUAAAAAAAAAAAUAAAAAAGAAAACAAUGACAGAGAGACUUUUCGUGGCGCGCGCUUGCGCGACUUCAGCAAUUUGCAGACGCGACAACCAAUCACGUUAACUCUUAAAUAAGUAUUAAAGUUGCGAGCUAAUUAAAGCGAUGAAAAAAAAUGUUGUUAAUGAUGUUAAAGGGAUAAAUGAAAAAUAACUACGAUAAAUAAUAAAUAAAAUUAUUAUUAAUUAUAUAAUUAAUUAACUAAAGAGGAAUGAAUUAAAUAAAUAAAAGAAAUGAAUCAAGUAGAUGAUGUAUUGCGUGACGAAAAAUACGAAUUUUGAAUUUCGAUCUCCAAAUAUAUAAGGCGAAGAGUGUAACACUUGCGAAAGGACAGACGAGAUAACGAUGAUUAUUAUUACUAUUAAUACGAUUAAAUACUGUACUACAGAAAUAAGAAGUAACGUUUAAGCAGUACGUAAAAAAAGCGAGACGAGGUGAUGAAGGUCGGUAGAAAAAAAAGGUUGCCUAGCUAGGUUUACGAUUCCCAUGCGAAUUUUUCAAAUUUUUUCAAUGAGGAAAGCUAUUUAGUCGCUCCAAAAUCAGUGGAAAAGCGUAUAAAGAUCUUACUACUUUUUACUUCGACUAUUUUACAAGUGAAAUACACGUUUAAGAAUUGUAACCCGCAACUGUAACUCUCCCCAUUAUCGCCACCCUAACGCCCUCCGUAAAAACAUUUUUAACGGUAAAUUAACGAUUUUUGUACAGUCUGUGUUAAAUUGCAUUUUUUAAGCGUCUUAAAAUCUGCAAGGAUUCAUAGUUUUUUCACUGAUUUGGGAAGAAGAAUUAAAAGAAUGGAAAUAAAUUACACUAUAUAAAAAAAAAUAAAAAUAAAUAAAUAAACACAUUGCUACACGGACGCAAAUACACCGAAAAUACAUUGUUGAUACACGAUAAAUAAAAAUAAUAAAUAAUUAUAUACUUAAGGGAGCAAGCGGAGAUGUUUGAUUUUUCCGUGACGUGCGAAUUUUUGUAUAUCAGUCAAGUCUUCACCAGCGAACCGUAGAGGGGACCGCAUUCUAAUGACAAAGUGUAUAUGUUCGUGUGCCAAAUUUUUGCAUAAUUUCCAACAGCCGACUGAUUGCUUGAUUGAUUGAUCGAUUUUGUGCAUCGCAUAGUACAUUUCUUCACCUGACAACGCUAAUUUUCAGAAGCCAUCAGAAAACCCUUGCACAACGAGUCUCAAGUAAAAAAAAAGACAGAAGACAAAUUGCGCGAAACGGUGCUCGUUGGUUUCAGCGAUCGUAUAUACGCAUUUGCGUAAUUAUAAAAAUACUAUUACAUAAACGACAGUUGAGAUAAGGCUAUUUUUGAUUCGCCGAAAUUUUUACCGAACUCCAGUGGUGUUUCCGAGCUUGCGAAAAUUAGUUGACACACAUUCCCCCGAGCAUAAGCGUCUCUCUUUUCUUUCCCUUUUUCUUCCUCGCAGAGAAAGCUGUGUCGAUCUGUAUAAUAACCAGAGUGAGCGGAAAAAAGAAGCAGCAGAAAUAAUAAAAAAGGAAAUAAAAAUAAAAAGAAUAACGCGUCAUCGAGAAAAACCAUCGUGAGCUCCGCGUUGCCCUUUAUUAUCGACUUAGCGAUGAUAUUCUCUAGCGAAAAUAAAGCAUAAACUAAAGCUAAACUCUCUUUCGACGGAAGCUUAUAAAGCGUUAUUUAAAGAAAAAAAACGAAACUAUUAAACGUGUACCGCUAAACAUAAUCUAUACAUAUUUAAACUAUUGAACGCUAAACUCGUACUCGUAUAAACACUAAACUAAACUAAUGAAGUAAUAAAAAAGAAAUAAACACUAAACGAUAAAAAAAAAAAUUAUUUAAAAAUGCGUGCAGAACACACUCUGAGUUAAAUGAAUAUAAAAUCGUGUGAGAGACGUGGCGACGAAGUUGUAAAAUGUGAAGUGGGAUCGAAACUCGUAUGAAGGGAAACAAAAGUUUGGCUCUCCGCCGAUCCAUCGUAACUAGCUUUCUCUUUUCAAUGUAUACCAAAGAGAAAUAAGUUUCACUCGCACGCUAACGACAGCGACGUAGUGCACGCGGUGGAGCUUUACAUUUUUUUAAAUCGAAUUCUAUCCUAUACCGGAGGCAUUAGUCAGAGACACGCCGGAGUGAAAUUUCACGUUCAGCGAUCAACGCAUAGAGAAAGCAACUUACGAUUCGUCGGCGGAGGCUCGCCCAGAGUGUAAAAGAGUUGUGUAUAUCGAGUAGGUAUUUAACGAGAUACAAAAAAGGGUAAAACAAGCAGUAUAAACCAAAAUCACGUAAUAAUCGAAUUAGUCACGUAGUUGAUUGAUGAGAUGAUGAAGCGACGAAGAGACGAGACGGAGACAGACGCAGAGUGGAGAAAGAUAAUGGCAAUGCACACACACUGACACGGAUACAAAGAUAUCUACACACUUACAACACAAAGGAACACACGUACACUACACGCACACAGUCAAAGAUUAUUUCGACAAAUGAUCGAUUCCAUGGGAGCAUUGUAUUCGAGCAAAUGGAGAGAGAUAGAGAGAGAGAACAGCGCGUGCUCGGAACAGUGUAAAUCUCAAAAUAGCUUUAAAACGAUAAUAUUAUGUAUUGGUGUCUUUUUUAAUGUAUCAUUUUUCAAAGUAGACUUUAGCGAAGCAAGCCUAAGAGAUUUUUUCAUAAUAAUACGAUAUAUGCGUUUCCGAGUUCUUUGAUCGACUUCAUAUUUUUCCUUAUGCAUAAAUAUAGUUGUAAGCAAGGAUUGACAACUUUUUCGUGCCGGAAAUAAAGCAAUGCUGAUCCUCCAUAAUCGACAGAACACACGAUACAUCUUACAUCCAUACACCCACUCGCAGAAUUCAGAUUUGCAAGAAAACGGUGUGAUAAAGGCGAACCAAAAAAAAAACAAUGAGCCCCAACUUGUAUUACAGACACACAUUCUCACUCUCUUUCUCUGUCUCCUAAUCUCGGAAGAAAAACAAAUAAUAAUAAUAACGCUGAACCCGUGUGUAAUAUCUCCGAACUUACCUACGAAUUUCGAGAAACAGGAAUAAUAGCGAAUUAAUACGUACGAGGGAGAGAAGGUCAGGGGAUGAGUGAGGCAAAUGGGAAAUGCUAGUUUCUGCUGUACAUGAAAAUAUAUAAUAAACAAUAAACUCUUCCAAAACUUCUAUUUCCUAAAGAUAAUGCAAGAACAAACAAACAAACAAAAAAUCACCUUCGGACGACGAAAUAUCGAGCGUCGUAUCGGCAGAUUGCGUCAAUUCAUCGUCAAGGUAGAUAUUGUAUACAUUGAUGAUAGUAGUCUUAUAGCGUGUACGUGAAUAGGGAAGAUAAUUUUUCAAGUAUGCGACUCGUCACUUGAUAGCGAUUAAACGAAGAAAAAAAGCAAGCUGAAAAGAAAAAUAAACAAAAAACAAAAGAGCGGAAACAAUGAUGAGAAAUAUAAAUAUAUAAAAAUAUAUAUAUAUAUAUAUAUAUAUUAUAUAUAUAUAAAUAAAUACAUAUAGUGCCAAAAUUUCGUUUGCAUUAUUAGGCGAUAAUAUCGGUAUGCACGUUGAGUUCGUCAGUUAAUACUGUCCUUUUCGUUUUCGUAUAACUCUUAUUGGUCGACGCUGUUUGAAGGAAACGACGGCGAUUUUCGUCGACUGCGGGCCACGAUCUCACUUGACUUUUAAAUGAUGAUGAAAAUAAUAAUAAAAAAAUAACAUUAAUAAAAAAAUCGUAGCGCCUCGAUGAACAGCCUAGUUUAAUAAUAGUAAAUUCAUAUUGAAGGAAAGGAAAUAAAAUAAAUAAUUAAAAAGCACGUUUGUUAUAUUUCUACGCUGGGCUCUUGUUCGAGGCAUUAUCAUAUAAUAAAAGCGUGUUGAUUGAUAUACGAGAAUGAUGAUCCCCUGUUAUAACUGGUGAGAACACAAUCGCCGCAUUGUAAUAUUAUUAUUAUUAUUAUAUUAUUAUUAAACAAUUAUUACGUUAUUAUGAAAUUGUUGAAAUAAACGGAACGACAAAAAU